AUGCUCGCCCCCAAAUUGACAACUAGCAAUCACGACCGCUCUUCCUCCACGGGACGCUUCACGCUCUACCGCUCCUCGCAUGAGCCGUCACAUGAGAUGCUAGGAAAGUGGACGCCAUCAAGCCGCUUGUGCAGCCCGCGCGUGUCUGCGGACUACCCCGCAGCGAUCCAGCGCACGGAGACCGCGGUCAUCGACGGGCUGCUCUUCCGCCCACAGACCGCGUCGCAGCGGCGGAAGCUCGACGACUUUGAGCGCGAGACCCUCUGGACGCGCACCGGCGAGCUGGUCGACGCGGAUAUGUAUAUGUGGCAAGGGGAGCCGUGGGAGGUGUUGGAGGGAAAGCGGGAGCUGGAGGUGUUUGUAUGGGAGCGUUUAAAUGAUUAG